CUCUUCAAACGAAUUUGACCGAUCAAAUGUACGGCGACGAUAGCGGCGAGGGCGACGAUGCGAGGCGUACGGCGACGAUAGCGAGGACGACGAAGAUGCGAGGCAAAGCUGCGCAGGAACAGCGAGCUUCUACUUCUGCCCGACUGGACGAAAAUUCCGCGUAGCCGGCCGAUGUGCGAGGAUGAAGAGACUCGAGGGCCCGACAAGAUACAAAAGGGUGGCCACUGGGCAGAUUCAUCCAUGAUUCUGAUCCUCAUCAACUUAUACUACUCCCUCCGCUCUCUACUCUCUCUCUCCUUCACUCACUCUCACUCCGCCACAAUGAAGUUCGCUGUCGCCGCCUCCUUCGCCGCCAUCGCUGCCACCCUCGUCGCCGCCGCUCCCCUCGAGAAGAGGAUGCACUCGGGAGCCACUGCCACUUGGUUCACCCAGAAUGGCAACCCCGGCUCGUGCGGUCAGUACCACUCGGACAACGACAUGAUCGUCGCUGUUUCGGCUCAGCACCACGACUCGUCCAACUGCGGCAAGACGAUCACCAUCGAGGCCAACGGUGUCCAGCAGGUCGCCACCAUCGCCGACACCUGCCCCGGCUGCGGCUUCGCCGACCUCGACCUGUCGACUGGCCUCUUCCAGAAGUUCGCCGGCCUCGACCAGGGCGUCGUCACCAUGAACUGGUGGCCCAACUGGUAAAGCGCCUCUCCUCUACGAGCGCCGCUUUCCUUCCACCGUAUCACUUCACAACCUCCUCAGUUUCACGGGCUUUCAAACGUCACCUCUCUAGACUUCGCGUCACGGGGCUAGUCCCCACCUCCCAAAAGGCCAAUCCUCUCCGGAACAGGGGCCGUCCACUCUCUUCACACUCUCCUUGCUCGCAGCCUUUCUAAUCUGCUCGUAGCAUCAUCCACCUUCAACUUCACUCCGGGCCUCUCCUUGAGAGUUCCCACUUUCAUGCUUUCUUUGCCCUCUGUUUGGACUUCGUGUCCUUUGUAGCAUCACACUCGUUCGCAACCUUCACCUCUUGAUGGUCCUCUAAUUGCAUCGUCAUGAGAUAGUUCCACAGC